AUGGAGAUUAAACACCUUCUGUGCAUAAAUGGCCACAACGAGAGAAUAUGGUCAGUAUCCUGGAGUCCAACUGAGGAUUUGUUCGCAACUUCCAGUUCGGAUUUUAAAGUUAAAAUAUGGAGGUUGAAAAAAACUGAGGCUUCCAGGGAAGUAAACAGGUGUACAAUGAAUAAAGAAGAGUGCGGAGGCGAAUACAACUAUGAGCUUGAAUGUGAAAUAGACGACUUCUUUAAAAAAUCGCCAAGAAGUGUUAAGUUUAGCAACGAUGGAAAGUAUUUAAUAUGUGCAUCCUUCGACGGAACGUCCUCAAUAUGGUCAAAGAAUUGUGAACCCGUAAGUGGACCUGAAGAUCAAGUGGAAGGGCAGAAAGAGAAGAAAUGGGUGUGUAUAGCGACAUUAGAGGGCCACGAGAACGAGGUUAAAUGCGCAUCAUUCGACGUAAGCGGAAAUUAUAUAGCGAGCUGCGGAAGAGACAAAACGAUUUGGAUUUACGAAAAGAGCCAGGAGAAGAAAGAAGAAGACUACGAGGACUUGAACAGACUUAACAGUAACCUGGAUUAUUUCUGCGCAGCAAUACUGACAGGCCAUAAACAAGAUGUCAAGCACGUGUGUUGGAGUCCCAUUGCACUGCUCCUGGCAAGCGCUUCAUACGACAACACAAUAAAAAUAUGGACGCUGAAGCAGAAUGAUUGGUUUUGCAUCCAGACUCUUGGCUUACACACUAACACAGUCUGGUGCCUGGCGUUUAGCAGAGACGGAACUAGACUGGCGUCAUGUUCGUCUGAUAAAAACGUGUUUGUCUACCAGAGUAGGCUUACAGUGGGUUUAAACGGAUUGUUAGGCAAGUUGCUGAAGAGUUGUAAGGAGCGCCUAAAACUGUCGACGGUGCUUAAGAACAGAUGUGUGGUACUGAACACAAGUUUCCCAGUGCCGCAGCUAUACCAAGAGGUCACCUUGGGGAAAUACGGGCCAAUUCUCGCAGACGACUGGGAAGUGAACAGGGCGUACGAGGAGUUGCACUCGAGGCCAAUUUACGGCCUGGAUUUCGACGACUACAUAAUCACGGCGGGGGGAGACAACAAGGUGAAAGUGAUUGACUUAUCGGAUAAGUUUUCAAACAUCUACGAGUUGGACGCACAUACGGCAGACGUAAACGCAGUUUCGUGGAAUCGACACAGAAAAGAACACAUUUUCGCGUCAGUGGGAGAUGACGAGUACAUAAGAAUAUGGAAACUGGUUAAAUAA